AUGGCUAAUUUCACAACAAGCGGAUUUCUCCUCAUAGGAUUUUCUACCAAGCCUGAGCUAAAAAUCGUCUAUGCUUCUUUGUUCCUCAUUUUGUACUUGUUGGCUUUAACUGGCAACAUGCUCAUCAUCACCACAACUUCCCUGGAUGACAGUCUCCAGUCCCCCAUGUAUUUCUUCCUGAAGCAUCUCUCCUUGCUGGAUCUCUGCUAUGUUUCUGUGACAGUACCGAGAUUCGUUUACAACUCUUUCAUGCAUAGUGAAACUAUUUCCCUCUUGGAAUGCAUCAUGCAGGUCUUUGCUUUCACUCUCUGUUGUUCUGCUGAGAUGUUCAUGCUCACGCUGAUGUCCUAUGACCGCUAUGUUGCCAUCUGCCUGCCCCUGCACUAUGACAUCAUCAUGGACAUCAGAACCUGUGUCCAUGGAGUCGCUUGCAUCUGGGUUAGUGGGGUCAUCUCUGGAGUCAUGCAUUCAGCAGCUACUUUCUCCAUCCACUUUUGUGGCCCCCGCAUCAUUCACCAGUUCUUCUGUGAUAUCCCCCAGAUUCUGAAACUGUCCUGCUCCAAUGACUAUAUCUAUGAGCUCAGUGUCUCUAUUUUCCUGGGUUUGGUGACAUUUCUUUGUUUUACCUUUAUUGGAUUCUCCUACAUGCACAUAUUUUCUUCUGUACUGCGAAUGCCAUCUGCAGAGGGCAGAGCUAAGGCCUUUUCCACUUGCCUCCCCCACCUCGCUGUUGUCUUAUUAUUUCUUUCUACAGCUGCAUUUGAGUACUUUAAAUCUCAUUCAGACUCCCCAACCGUGUCAGACAUUUUACUCACUAUUAUGUAUACAAUAGUUCCACCAACAUUCAAUCCAAUGAUCUACAGCCUGAGAAAUAAAGCCGUUAAGUCAGCUGUACAAAAGAUUUUUAAGAUAAAUAAAGCUUCUCUGUGUGGAUGA